AUGGGUUUAGAUUGUGUAAGUGUGAAUAUAACGUCCAGUACAGAAGUGUUCGCAGGUUCGGAGCCUUCAUUAAACGAACCGAGAAGAGACCUAGAGUCACAGAUUUUGAAGAAUAAUGAAGAAAACAAGAAUAAGAUAUGGUGGAGGCUGGGUAUCGACUUGCCGCUGUUUAUUAUUCUUUCAAUCCUCAUGGCGUUAUUCGAGAUGGGCAUGUUACCACAUUACAAGAAUGGCUUCCACUGUAACGACCCCGCACUCUCGUACCCGUUUAGAGGGGACACCGUGUCUAUGGUUGUUAUAAUGUCUACAGUAAUUUUAUUGCCAUUUGUGAUCAUAUUCAUAACAGAAAUAGUGCUCUUCGACCCCGCAUAUUCAGCUCGAACAAAACUAGACUACGCGUCACGAAGGACUGCAGUCUUGUACAGGAACUACGUAUUUGGGAUAUUUUUCAAUUUAGGUAUUGUAGAAGUCAUGAAAGCUAUUACUGGAAUUCCUAGACCCACUUUCUUCGACAUCUGUGAGCCGGAUGCUGCGAAAACUUGUAAUGGAUCUGAGUAUGUUAGUACGUUUGAGUGCACCUCAACUAGAUUCCCAAAGUGGUAUCAAAGCGAUUCCUACCACAGUUUUCCUUCAGGGCAUACAUCACUCUCAGUGUACUGUGGAUUGUUCCUAGCGUGGUAUCUCCAACGUCGCGCCUUUAGUUGGCAGAACAGGAUUGUUUUCUUAGUACCGAUUGUACAGCUGUUGUGCCUCGCGUACGCAGCAAUUUGCUCCCUCACUCGCAUCACCGACCGUCGCCAUCAUUGGUGGGACGUCCUUACUGGUGCUUUUAUAGGACUGGCAACAUCUUUAUAUGCGGUUUUAGUGAUAAGUAAAAACUUUAAUCAAAAAUCAAAAAGUACAGAAGAUAAAACUAUGACAGAGAGUCAACACACAGUGCGGACUUUAGUGUUUGACGGGCCGCAGCAAACAGUGCCA